UGCACAACAGGUUAUUGAGUGAAUCUUCUUUGAUAAACUUAGCAGUAAUGCAACAAAAAAAAGAAUCCAAGCAUUUUAAUGCAUAUUUAAAGGUAUGUGAAUCACUUACAAAUAAAAAUUAAUUAUUUAUUAAACUUUAUGUGUGUUGAUAAUACUUUCAUCAAUGAUUAAUAUUUUACAACAGGUGCUUGGUAGUGGAGCACUUGGAACCUCGUCAUGCAUAUUUUUUUUAACUGAUCAUUGUAAUUAUAUAUUUAAUUGCGGUGAAAGCACUCAACGCUUGAGUCAAGAACAUGGCUGUAAAUUAUCCAAAAUAGAAAAUAUAUUUGUGACACAUUUUUCCUGGGAAAAUAUUGGAGGUAUUCCAGGUUUAUUGUUAACUGCACAAGCUAAUGGUGCAACAGAAAUAAAUAUUCAUUGUCCUGAAGAAGUUCAUGACUUUAUAGAUGCAAUUAAAUCAUUUGUAAUCUUACCAAAACUAAAAAUUUCUUAUAUCACAAUUGAUGAAUCUGUAGAGUACAAUGAUUGUAGAAUGAAAGUUUCAUAUGCUUCUAUAACAAAAUCUACAAAAAAUAUAAAAAAAGUUUCUUCAGACCUGAUAGAUCAAGAAGAAUAUUACACAAAUGAAAAUGAUAAGAGAGUUAUAAAUGAAGAAACAAACAAGGAAAAAGUUAAAGAAAAAAAGAAAAUGAAAAGCAUUCCAAAAGUAAUAUGUUAUAUUUGUACUGUUCAUCCAAGAUCUGGAAAAUUAUUAAUAGACAAGUGUAUAAAAUAUGGUGUACCACCUGGGCCACUUUUAGAUAAGUUAAAGCAAGGAAUGGAUAUUACUAAACCAGAUGGAUCUGUUGUUUAUAGUAAAGAUGUAGUAUUACCAGAUAUUCCUAAAACCACUUUCAUAGUUGUAGAAUGUCCAACAGAUGAAUAUUUGGAUUCCAUAGUAAGUCAUCCUGCCUUUUUGAAAUAUCAACAAAUAGAAACAGAAGCAAACGAAAAUGAAGUAUUUUGCAUAUUUCAUUUUACUCCUGAUCAAAUUUUUACUAAUCAACGAUAUCAAGAUUGGUUAAGAAAAUUUUCUUCAAAUACACAACAUAUAAUUGUGAAUAGUGAAAAUACUUGUAUGGGUAGUGAAGCUGUUUACAAGAACCAGUCUUUAUUAAAUAUGUUACAUCCUGAAAUAUUUCCUUUAUUAAAUAAAGAUCGUUUUGACAAAGACAAAGAGGUAAGUAUAGGACUUUAAGUGAUAACAUCUAUCGUGCUAGAACGGGACAAAUGAUAAAGAUACGUCCAAUACCAAUACCUUUACAGAAUGCAGAAAUUUACAAGAAUACUCAAAUAUAUAUUGAUGAUAUUCUACAACUUCCUGACUUUACGACUGUUUUAAAAGAAUUAAAGACAGUUGUUAAAGAAAAAUCAACAGAACAUAAUUUAAAUACUAUUCUGGAUUAUCCACGAAUUGUGAUGUUAGGUACUGGUUGUAGUGUACCAAGUAAAGUUAGAAAUACAAGUGGUAUUCUUUUACGUGUUAAUAAGGAUUGUAGUAUUUUAUUGGAUUGUGGAGAAGGUACUCUUGGUCAAAUUAUUAGGUUUUACGGAGUUUCGGAAGGUCUCAAUAUUUUACGUACUAUUAAGGCUAUUUAUGUAUCACAUAUGCAUGCAGAUCACCAUUUAGGAGUCAUUGGUUUGUUGUCUACAAGAAGAAAAGUUACAGAUGAAAAGUUGUACUUACUAACGCCAAAAAUUUUAACAUCUUGGUAUGAAUUUUGUGAUGAUCAGUUUAAUUCCAUCAAAGAGCAAUAUAUUUCUGUAAGCAAUAACAGUCUAUACUUUCAACAUCAUAACAUAUCGUUAAUGUUAAAAUCGAUGUUAUUGAAGAAGUUACAUGUCAAAGACAUAAGCACGGUUUAUGUCUUACACUGUAAGCAAUCAUAUGGCGUUGCCAUUACUCUUGAAGAUAAUAAAAAAAUCGUUUAUAGUGGUGAUACUAUAUUUUGUCAACGUCUCAUAGAUUUGGGACAAAAUUGUGAUUUAUUAAUUCACGAAGCGACUAUGGAGAAUGGUCUUGAACAAUUAGCACUCAGCAAGUUACAUUCAACGACAUCUCAAGCAAUAAAAGCUGGAAAAUCUAUGAAUGCAAAAUUCAUCUUAUUAACACAUUUCAGUCAGCGUUAUUCAAAAAUUCCUUUUAUUCCAGAAGAAGAAAAUGUUGGACUUGCUUAUGAUAAUAUGGAAUUUAAAUUACCACAAUUACCAUUGCUGCCUCUUUUUUAUCCAUGUAUAAAAAUAAUGUUUAGCGAAUAUAAUAAAGUAUUAUCUAAA